CGCUUUUUGUUCGCGUCCAAGCUGACAACUGCAAUCCCCCCGCUGUGCCACAAUGGCCCACAGAGAAAAUCUUCGCAGUGCCUUUCGAUGGUUUUCUUUUGCACUAUCUGAUGCUGUUCCAGACUUCCCGACCCUUCCAUCCAAACCAUCGACAUCGAGAAGCAACGACACGAAAUGGAUCAUUUUAGAUCAAGAAACUACUGUUUUCGAACUGCCCAUUUCCGAUUCUCUCGUCGGGUACGAUUUAAUACUGGAGAAGGAUCUAGACCUAGCCGGUGUCCGCAGGUGGUUAGAACGCUGCGAUCGGUAUUUAGAACGAAAAGACUACAAUUUCUGGCAUCGCCUCCUGUUUGUCGGAGACGGGAUGAUCGACCUUCCCCCCGCGAAACUGAUCACGGGACCGAAGCAUGGGUGCUACAAGUGGCUUUGAGUAUCGUUUCAACAAUGUUGAGGAUUUUGCAGCUCCAGAUUCUAGGAGAAUGGGGGUUGGAGAAUGAUUCUGACGAAGCGAAGGAGGCACUACAGCUUCUGAGGAGAUUUUCGGUUCAUUGGCAAUACGCUAACAAGGGGAGCAUGCCCGACAUCACUAUUACGUUCGGAACGAAGGACCAUCCCACGAAGCGGGCUGCCACCAUAGCUACGAAAGGCACCAGUAUAGUCAAUUAUCGCUUUUCCUCCGACUCAGAAUCAUUCACACAUGACAGCUACAUACAGUCCCUCAUAGAGUCUCAAGUGAACGUAUCAUCGCAAUACGAUAGCAAAACUCCAUACAGUUGGAAGAAUGAUGCACUUCAGUUGUUAGCACAGAUGACUGGUCAAGCGAGGAGCUCUGAUACCGGCCUCUGCUUUUCCACAUCUAUCUAUGGAUUCACUCGUAUCGGCUACGCAAUCCCGAACGAUGUUAUGCUCAUAUCCCAAAACCUGUCUGAACGUGAUUCCCUAGAAUCACGCCAGGUUCCUGGAACUUAUUUGCCCUUCCUCUGCCACCUCCAUCGAUUCGUGCUCUCUGCGAUGAUGAAAAUAGCGCCUACCAUCCUUGCUCCUGGAUCCCAACUAGCCAAUUUCUCGAUUAUCCCACAGAAUAACUCAACCUCAAUGCCAGCUUGCACAGAACCUUUAUUACGGGGAGCUGAGUUGGUUUCCUCUUUAUUACAGUCGGCUAACAUGAAUAUCUCCAUGUAUUUGAUGUGGACAACACCAGGAAUCCUCAAGUACGUCUCCGCCUUCACAGCAACCGAAUUUCGGGGAGAAUUCAGAAACUUCAGCCCCAGUGUCUUUCGACUCCCACAACUUCAACUUCAAUUCCCGCGUCCAAAAAUAAGGAAAUUCACUGCAAUCAGUAUCAACUACGAAACCCGACUCGUACUGAAAGAGUUUCGCAAUGAGGAAAAGUUCACACGUGAACUUUCCGCAUACAACAUCUUUGACCGAUCGAAAUUUCCUCAUGUUCCAAAGUUCUAUGGGGCGUUUUAUAACACUUGGAGACGGACGAGAUGUAUUUUGAUGGAGUAUAUAGGGGAUAGGUUGGGUUUUGGAGGGGAAGGGGAGUUGCUCAAUGACCAGGAGUGGGACGAGUUAAAGAUUUGCAUCAUGGCGCUACACGAGUUGGGCGUACACCACCAUGACCUCGCAUUCGAAAAUAUAGCGCGUACGCAGGAUGGGAAGCUGCGCCUUGUUGAUUUGGGUUAUGCUUCAAUUGGGGAUGAUGAUUGCCCUGGCUCUCGCUGCCAAGACUUCGACUGGUUGUGAUCCGUCAAACCGCCGUCCGCAUACCAGUUCUGUUGAAUUUCGUUAGCUUUGACACUUCGCAAUCGUUGUCAUUAUAUCCUGGUCACUUCCGAAACUUCAGACCUUUUGGAAAUUGGAACUCCUUUAGCAAGUCGUUGUCCCGGUUUAGACCUGUACCGUUCUACAUGUUGGCCAUCGCCCACAGAUAGGCAGCCUUAACUUACUUACGAACCUGAACUUUCCUUCACGCAAUCAGAGCAAUCUUAUAUGCAAA